UUCGGGAGGGAAAAAAAAGGGCAAGAAGGAGGAGGAGGAGGAGAGGGAGGAAGGGAGGGAUGAGCAGAAGUUUAGGCAUCCCGGUGAAGCUGCUCCACGAGGCGGCGGGGCAUAUAGUGACUGUGGAGCUCAAGAGCGGCGAGCUUUACAGAGGGUCCAUGAUCGAAUGCGAGGACAAUUGGAACUGCCAACUCGAGAACAUCACCUACACUGCGAAGGAUGGAAGGAUGUCACAGUUGGAGCAUGUUUUCAUUCGUGGUAGCAAAGUCAGGUUUAUGAUCAUACCUGAUAUGCUAAAGAAUGCACCAAUGUUCAAGCGUCUUGAUGCGCGAAUCAGGGGAAAAGGCUCAUCCCUGGGUGUUGGGCGUGGCCGUGCGGUUGCAAUGCGUGCACGGGCACAAGCUGCAGGCCGUGCUGCCCCAGCUGCUCUUGGUAGGGGUGCUGCACCACCAGUGAGGAGAUAAGUGCUGAUAGAAAGCUGGUUUUGUCAAACCUGGAUUGGUUUGGCGGCCAUUUCGUCCUUCACCAGUCUGCUCAUGCCUGUGACAGAUUGGUGUCAAUAGGUUGUUCACUUUAGAUAAUUUCUUCUUUACUUUCACAAGUGGUUAUGUUUUUUCAUGUUUGUAAGAACAGUUGACCUGCAAACAUUGAUGAGAUCACCUCCUUUACAAUAGAAUGAAAAAAGUAAUGAACUUGAAAAUGUUCCCUUGAUUUAUCAA